CUUUUCCAAGGGGGACCUGGAGCGCAGCGACGCUGAGACUGAGACUUGCCUAAGAGCAUACAGGAAGUCGUUGGCAGAGCUGUUUGCCUCCCCCACCGCUGAAAUGUAGCUGUUGAAGCCGCUCUUUGGAGUUUAUUGCACUCGAUUAGGGAUCGUUUCUCAGAAUCAAGGAGUUAGAAGUGAGAUUUGAGAUAAGUGAGGCCCAUCCAGUGCUGCUUGGGACGCCUCAGAAGGGAAAAUGGAGUUUUCAGGAAUGAAAAAGAAGAGUGUGCUAGGAUUCAAAGAAAAUAAUAAAAAAUCCAGCACUAGGGCUCCCUCUCCAACCAAGCGCAAAGAUCGGACGGAAGACAAAUCCAAGGACAGGUCCAAGGAUAAAGUGUCCACCAAGGAAUCAAGUGAAAAGGAUCGAGGUCGGGACAAAACACGCAAAAGGCGCAGCGCUUCCACUGGUAGCAGCAGUACCAGGUCCCGCUCCAGCUCCACUUCCAGUUCAGGGUCCAGCUCCAGCACUGGAUCCAGCAGUGGCUCCAGCUCCUCCUCUGCAUCAAGCCGCUCUGGAAGCUCCAGCACCUCUCGUAGCUCCAGUUCCAGCAGUUCCUCUGGAUCCCCAAGCCCCUCUCGACGCAGACAUGACAACAGGAGACGUUCCCGCUCCAAGUCUAAGCCACCCAAGAGAGAUGAAAAAGAAAGAAAGAGACGGAGUCCAUCACCCAGACCUACAAAAGUGCACGUUGGGAGACUCACCAGAAAUGUGACCAAGGAUCACAUCAUGGAAAUAUUUUCCACUUAUGGGAAAAUUAAAAUGAUUGACAUGCCAGUCGACAGGCUAAAUCCACACCUCUCCAAGGGUUAUGCCUAUGUAGAGUUUGAGAAUCCAGAUGAUGCUGAGAAGGCACUGAAACACAUGGAUGGAGGGCAGAUUGAUGGUCAGGAGAUCACUGCUACAGCUGUGCUGGCACCUCGGCCUAGGCCGCCGCCCAGGCGCUUUAGCCCCCCAAGGAGAAUGCUGCCACCGCCGCCAAUGUGGCGUAGGUCGCCCCCUCGCAUGAGGAGAAGGUCCAGGUCACCAAGACGCAGAUCCCCUGUUCGCCGACGGUCACGAUCUAGAUCUCCAGGCCGAAGACGUCAUCGCAGCCGCUCCAGCUCCAACUCUUCACGAUAAAGCAAAAAAAGACUGGACAGCUUUUUAUUUUUUAACUUAAAUCCCACCAGACUAAAUAGUGUACCUUUUUAUAUUGGGCAGGGGGAAGGGAGAGGAAAUUGAAUCCUAGCAAUGGAAGCAAAUGGAAAGGAGAGGGUUUCCUGGCUAGUGGGCAAUUUAUGCCUUGCAGCUUCUAAAUUCCAGGCAUUUAAUGUUAAAGCUUUAUUAAAAGUGGCUUUGGGUUGAAGGCUGCAAAUGUGGUUCAUUGUUUUCAAGACAAGCCACCAAUAAGUAGAUGGUGUAGCCUUUGUGCCCCCAAUCGGCAGGCUGCUCUUCCAUGAUUUCCAAAGGCUUAACGUUCUGUGCAGACACAACUAAACACUGACCUGUUUUGGAAAUCGUAAGACUGUCUGCUAUUAAGAGAAAGGGGGGGUGGAGAAGUUCUGUCUAUUUCCAAGCACCUGUGCAGAUCUUCAGAACUGGUGGUACCCAAACACAGACAUCUGCCUCAAACUUAAAUACUCAGUUGUCAUUCUGCCCCAUCCUCCAGCAAGUGAGCGCAUACAUUUCUCUUAACACAAACAAGCACGGUGCUGCAGACAUGCACAAUAUUAAGGAUGGUUUUUGGCCAAUCCCCUUGCAUAUCGUCUACUGCAGGCCAGGAAUGGAAGGACUGUUUUGUGAGUGCCCUCUUUUAGGGAUCCCCUUGCCCUUCCUUGAAGGGUUUUGGUACAAAUUUCACACACAACUCUCCACUAAGUGGUGUAAAUGUUUCCACCUUUUAGAAAACACGAUACAAACUGGCAACAUAGUAUCAAUGCCGCCCCCCCCGCCCCUCCCCUGUCCCCCACUUUCCUGCAAUGAAAAAUGGGAGGUUUGAGACUGUCGCUGUUUGGAUUAUUUGGGCAAUCUCUUCUUUCAAAAAGCAAGUAAUUUACAGUCGAUUGUACAGUCAAUUUAUAAAAUUGUUUUUUUGUAACUUUGUAGCAUCUUAGGUCAUGUGUUUGUAUUUGUGUAGAAUGACUAUAUUGAAUAAACCUAUAGGGUUUAGAUUAAAGAAUAUGCAUUGGUUCCUUCCCUGUACAUUGUAUAUUGAGGCAGCAAAUAAAAGCGCUCCUUUUAUUUUAAA